AUGGUGGGGGAGCAUGGAGGGGAAGAUGUUGAAGUCAGUGGCUUGCUGAGCAACAAAGAUGUGGACGGCGUUUGUUCUCGUCUUAAUCAUGUCAGUGGAUUUACUGAUGGUUUGGCGGCGACUGAAACGGGCCUCGGCUUGAAGAAGAAAUUACAUCAGAAUACUCCUAAGAUCUAUUGUUGUUCCCGUAUACUGGAAAUAUCUAAACGCUAUUCUACGGAGUAUGAUAGAAAGCUGAUAUUAACUAGCUCCCUAAACGUACCCCAAAAAACUCUCCACGCAUCCCCACAAGUGAUUUACCAACUCUCUGAAUGGUAG